UUCAUAAAGUGCGGGAAAAUUUCUUGAUUGGUUGAGUAACUUACAAUUUCUAAGGGAUUGUUUCGUACGGUUUAGUGGAGGUAGGGAAAUUCAUUCGAUUGGUGCACCUGAUAAUUUAUUCACUUUUAAUUAGUUCCGACGGGUGUUGACGUUUAGGUUAUAAGCGGUUAUAUUGUGACGUAUGUUGAAGAUACCUGACCCUAUAGACCUGCAUAGCUCUGAGGCAACUGAUGGAGCUGCAGUGUAAGUCACUUUGCACGGAGAUUUGGCUUCAGAACAAGCUUUCAGACCAGCUCUGGGGCCCAUCCAGCCUCCUGUCCAAUGGGCAUCAGGGCUCUUUCCCCAAGGAUAAAGCAGCUGGGCUGUGAAGCUGAUCAUUCUCCUACAUCUAGUAACAAGAUCAAGAAUGGCAGAGCUAUGCCUCCACUCCCCCAUAUGUCUUCAUGGCAUAGGUAAAGAGAAAGGAUCAAUAAGAAUGUCAAUCAAGAAUCUGGCAAGUUUAAGCAGAGAUGAAGUUAAAAAUCUGUUUAGUUCCAUAGACACUAUAUUAACGGACUGUGAUGGUGUGUUAUGGUUACAUAUGAAGAUACUUCCUGGAGCUCCAGACGUCCUGAAUAAGUUUCGUGAGAUGGGGAAACGUGUGUUCUACAUUACUAAUAACAAUGUUAUCACUAGGGAAGAGUUUUGUGUGAAAUGUGAUAAAUUAGGAUUCACGUCAACCAAAGAUGAUGUACUCACUACCUCAUAUCUCACUGCCUGCUAUCUCCAUGAUAUUGGUUUCAAAAAAAAAGUGUAUGUUGUUGGUACAAGUGGGAUUUCCAGAGAGCUCAGUCGUUUGGGCAUUAGAAGUUUUGGAGUUGGGCCAGAUCCUCUAAUCAGUGAUGUGGCAACACUGGUGAUGAAGGAUUUCAAACUAGAUCCAGAUGUGGGUGCAGUUAUUGUGGGGUUUGAUGAAUAUAUCAGUUACCCCAAGAUUUUGAAGGCAGCAAGCUAUUUGAAUCACCCAGACUGUCUCUUCAUUGCUACCAACACAGAUGAAAGAGGACCUAGCUUCAUCAAUGACUGUGUUAUUCCUGGUACAGGCAGCAUGGUGGCAGCCAUAGAGACAUGUGCAGGUCGGAAACCAUUUCUAAUUGGGAAACCUAGUACCUACAUCAUUGAUGCAAUAAGAAAACGAUAUAAUGUUGAUCCUGAGAGGACUCUGAUGAUAGGAGACAGAUGUAACACAGACAUACUUCUUGGCACAAGAUGUGGUUUCAAGACGUUACUAGUGUUGUCAGGUGUGAACACUUUAGAUGAUGUCAUGAACUGGAAACAGUCAGAUAAUGAAGAAGAUCGUGGUCUUGUACCUGACUACUAUAUAGGCAAACUUGGUGACCUAUUACCACUGCUGACCUAGGAGAAAAUAAGCAUAAAGCAUUUCUAUGAAUUACAUAUGUAUACUCUAUAUACCAAGUCUACAGGAUUGUUCUGUCACAAAAGAAGUAUAUUUAUAAAUGUUUUAAUACAAAAACAACUGUUAUUUGUGUAAAGUAUAUCCAUCCAAAUCCCACUCAGGGCAUGGAUGUUUAGUUUGUGUGUGUGCGUUUUUCUGUGUUUGUGUACAGGUAGAGGCCU